CAGCUGCUCGGGUGGGAGGAGUUACCGCCGCUGUUCGGUAUGUUCCUUCCGCCGUCUGCUCUGCCGGUGGGCUCCUUGCUGGCCUUUUCUGGGGCGAUCCCAAGCCCCACCUCCAGCUUUUCCUCUAGAGCUGCACGGUCCCCACCCUUUUCUGACAGACUGCGGCCUCCCUCUUUCCGGCCGUCUUUCCCUUUUUUCUAAGAGUACCCCCCCCCCCAUGCGGCAUCUUCCUUUUCUCCAGAUGGAAGAUGUUAGCUUCCUGGGGAAAGAAGAGCAGAUUUCCGGGGGCAAGACGUCGGGGGCAGUGCAAGCAAGGUUGUCGUCAGCCUACUUGUGGUAUAUUGUGAGGGUUAGGGAAUGUCCCGAAAGAACUUGAGCUGACAAGGCAAUAGAACUUACCAUGAUGGCUGUGACCUAAAAUCCUCAGGAAGCCCCGGGGUCAUGGCCCAGAAGCACCCCGGAGAAAGAGGGUUGUGUGGAGCCCACCAUAGCGGUGGUGCCUCCCUCCGGACAUCAGAACCCUCUGUGAACCCUGAAAUACUUUCAUUCUCAGGACUCAGGGACUCAGCAGGGACUGCACCUAAUGGUACCCGCUGCCUCACAGAGCACUCUGGUCCUAAGUACACCCAGCCCCCAAACCCAGCCCACUGGUCGGAUCCAAGCCAUGGUCCCCCAAGGGGUCCAGGACCACCUAUAGAAGGAGAUCAUCUGGAUCAGAGUGAGGCAUCUUCAGAAGACUCAGGAGUUGACCAGGAGCUCUCGAGAGAGAAUGAGACUGGGUACCAGGAGGAUGGGAACCCUUCUUUUCUUUCCAUUCCAUCUGCUUGUACCUGCCCGGGAAGCCCUGGAAUCCCUGAAGGGCCUUCCUCUGAGGAAGGAGAUGGCUCUUCUAACAACUUUUGCCACCAUUGUACAUCUCCAGCCUUGGGGGAAGAUGAAGAGUUGGAAGAGGAAUAUGAUGAUGAUGAACCUCUUAAAUUUCCCAGUGACUUUUCACGUGUGUCCAGUGGAAAAAAGCCCCCAUCCCGGAGGCAGAGGCACCGCUUUCUGACCAAGGAAGAUACGCGGGAUAGUGGACGCAGAGAUCCUAGGUCCCCUGGCCGCCAUCGGCUGGGCCGAAAACGAAGUCAGGCAGAUAAACGCAGAGGCUUGGGACUGUGGGGAGUAGAGGAAUUAUGUCAGCUUGGACAGGCAGGCUUCUGGUGGCUGAUUGAACUGCUGGUGUUGGUGGGAGAGUAUGUGGAAACUUGCGGCCAUCUCAUUUAUGCAUGUAGGCAGCUGAAAGGCAGUGAUCUGGACCUUUUUCGAGUUUGGGUGGGCGCCUGGGCAGGAAUAUUAGGGGGCUGGGCCCAGGUACUAUUCCAAUUUCUAAGACAGGGCUUUCACUAUGGGGCAGGGGUAUUCACCCGCUUUCUUAGGCUGGUGGGUGCUUUCCUGCUCCUGGCUUUGGCCCUACUUUUGGGCUGUCUACAGUUGGGCUGGCGGUUUCUGGUGGGACUGGGCUAUCGGUUAGGCUGGAAGGAUAAGGCCACCUGGCUCUUCUCUUGGCUAGACUCUCCAGCCUUGCAUCAUUGCUGGACUCUGUUGAGAGAGAGCAGGCUAUGGCAGCAGCUGGUAAGAUUAGUUCAGUGGGGUUGGCUGGAGCUGCCUUGGGUCAAGCAGAGGACUAAUAGGCAGGGUCAUGCACCUGUCACUAGUGGGCGCUACUGCCAGCCGGAACAGGAAGUGGCUCGACUUUUGACCAUGGCUGGGGUUCCUGAGGAUGAACUAAACCCUUUUCAUGUGCUGGGGGUUGAAGCUACAGCAUCAGACGUUGAAUUAAAGAAGGCCUAUAGGCAGCUAGCUGUGCUGGUUCAUCCAGAUAAAAAUCAUCAUCCUCGGGCUGAGGAAGCAUUCAAGGUUUUGCGGGCAGCUUGGGACAUUGUCAGCAAUCCUGAAAGGCGGAAAGAAUAUGAGAUGAAACGAAUGGCAGAGAAUGAGCUGAGCCGGUCAGUGAAUGAGUUUCUGUCCAAGCUACAAGAUGACCUCAAGGAGGCAAUGAAUACUAUGAUGUGUAGCCGAUGCCAAGGAAAGCAUAGGAGAUUUGAAAUGGACCGGGAACCUAAGAGUGCCAGAUACUGUGCUGAGUGUAAUAGACUACAUCCUGCUGAGGAAGGAGACUUUUGGGCAGAGUCAAGCAUGUUGGGCCUCAAAAUCACCUACUUUGCACUAAUGGAUGGAAAAGUCUAUGACAUCACAGAGUGGGCUGGAUGCCAGCGUGUGGGAAUCUCCCCAGACACCCACAGAGUUCCUUAUCACAUCUCAUUUGGUUCUCGGGUACCCGGCCCCAGUGGUCGGCAGAGAGCCACCCCAGAGACCCCUCCUGCUGACCUUCAGGAUUUCUUGAGCCGGAUCUUUCAAGUACCCCCAGGGCAAAUGUCCAAUGGGAACUUCUUUGCAGCUCCUCAUCCUGGCCCUGGGGCCACAGCAACCUCCAAGCCCAGCAGUACAGUACCCAAGGGAGAAGCCAAACCGAAGCGGCGGAAGAAAGUGAGGAGGCCCUUCCAACGUUGACACCCUUCUCUUCCUUCCUCAAAUCAAUGUCAGGGAGUCAAAAGGGCUGUGUACAGCACAGGAUGGAGUUUGAUUUGUUUAUUUUUAAGUAUCUUAAAAAGGGAAAAUUUUAAAUUGUUCACUCAGUACUCAUAGGAAGCCCCUGAACUACUCUCCCUCUUCCUCAGCACCUGGGAACUGAAUCUUGUCUUCUGAAAAUACCAAAGAAAUAGGGGAUGGCUAGAGAAAAGAACCUAGGGCCUGGACCUAGGCUGGACAACUAUUCCUGAGAUGUGGGAACUGGGUAUUUCCCUGGGGUCUGUAUGCCUUUAUCUUAUUUGCUCUUGGAGCAGAUGACACACGCCCCCUUUUAAACCUAGUGUAUCUUAUUUCUUAACCUAUUUCAGGGGGUCCCCCCCUCUUUACUCAUAUAUUAUCUAAAGGAGAACAAGAAAGCAUGUAGCCCUAAUUUUGGAGAUACAGAAUUCAAAGUGGAAACUGAUUUUUUUCCUCUUUCACCUUAUGGGUAAAUCCCCUAACUUCAGGCUUGUUGUUGCAAGGAUGGCCAACAUUGAUUUUUAAACAGCCCUGUGCCCUUGGGUGAGGGGUAAAGAUAGGGGGUUCCCAGAGACCCCCUUGUGAUCCAAGGGUUUGUAUUUUUUUAAGUUUGUUCAUAUUUGUAUGUACAUAUCUAUUUAAAGCCAGGGGAUUAUCUUUCUAUAAAUAUAUAACUGGCAACUUAA